CCUAGAUCUGCCUUAUUUUGGCGAUUCUUCGGCAUUGAGCGUCAGCUUUCCGCCUGGCUUUAUUCGCCUGCUGUUUUUGAGGUUGCGGGUCUCGCGCGGUGUCCGGCAGAGCAAAGCGGUGGAGGCUGCCAGGCCGGUGGGCGGGGCCCGGGGCCGCUCGGGAUAUGCAGAUGAAAUGGGCGGGGCCUCACAUAUACCGGCGGGUAGCGGCCAGCGGGCGCGCCCAGCCUCGACCGGCUCUGUCAGAGGCAGCCAGAGGCAGCCGGAGGAACCUGCUCCCCGAGCGAAGCGGAGCCUCGUUCCGGGCUGGCCCCUCUGCUGCACCUGGAGCGGGCCAUGCCCCCGCGGGAUCUGAGCGAGUCCGAGCCGCCUCCCCUCCGGGCCCCGACCCCUCCGCCGCGGCGGGGCAGCGCGCCCCCGGAGCUGGGCAUCAAGUGUGUGCUGGUGGGCGACGGCGCGGUGGGCAAGAGCAGCCUCAUCGUCAGCUACACCUGCAAUGGGUACCCCGCGUGCUACCGGCCCACGGCUCUGGACACCUUCUCCGUGCAAGUCCUGGUGGAUGGAGCCCCCGUGCGCAUUGAACUCUGGGACACUGCGGGACAGGAGGAUUUUGACCGCCUUCGCUCUCUGUGCUACACCGAUACCGACGUCUUCCUUGCCUGCUUCAGCGUGGUGCAGCCCAGCUCCUUCCAAAACAUCACGGAGAAAUGGCUGCCGGAGAUCCGCACUCACAAUCCCCAGGCGCCGGUGCUGCUGGUGGGCACCCAGGCCGACCUGCGGGACGAUGUCAAUGUACUGAUUCAGUUGGACCAGGGGGGCCGGGAGGGCCCAGUGCCCCAACCCCAGGCCCAGGGUCUGGCCGAGAAGAUCCGGGCCUGCUGCUACCUGGAGUGCUCGGCUUUAACGCAGAAGAACUUGAAGGAGGUGUUUGACUCGGCCAUUCUCAGUGCCAUCGAGCACAAGGCCCGGCUGGAGAAGAAGCUGAAUGCCAAGGGUGUGCGUACCCUCUCCCGCUGCCGCUGGAAAAAGUUCUUCUGCUUUGUUUGAACAGCUAUGGCAGGGUCGUGAGGAGUUGGCCGAUGGCCAGAGACUUCUGGAACCUGGGGCUUCUGGCAGGGCCAGGCUACCCCCAUGGGACUCAGUUCCCUUCUGAAUGCCGGUGGGACACAGGGCUGCUAAAUGCCCAUUCUGAUGCCAGGGUAGUUGUAAGGCCCGGAGGAGGGAAGGCAGUGAACUGGAUUUCUGCAGUCAGAGCACUUUUAUUUCAUAGGAUGGUCCUAGGAGUGUCAGCCACCUCCGAGCAGUUUGGGAUCCAAUUCUGGGUUUCUCAUUGUGGACCCUCGGGUCUACCUGGCUGAAUUAGGACCCCUCAUGGUGGUCGCCAACCCCUCCUUGGCACAGGAGCAAGGAAGAACCUGGGGAACAGCUAGGGAUCUUGGAGGGCUGGAAGGUGACUAGGCCUGAUUUGGCAAGAAGUUGGGGCUGAACUGUGAAAGAGAGGUCUGAAAGAUUGAGAGAGGGAGCAGAAAGUGAGGCCUGGGGGCCGUGGGACUAGAGGCAGCUGGGGAGGAGGAAGAGGCAGAUCUGAGGGCGAGGCUUGGAAGGAGACCGGGGAAGUGGAGCAGCUGAGGAGCAAGGCUGGCACCUGGGCUUCGCUUAACCCCCAAGGCCAGGGUGGGCGGGGCAGCUGGUCCCUGGGAAGAGCUGGUUCUCUGGGCUCCCUAGGCACUGCCCAAACUGGCUGGUCCAGGAGUGGGGCAGGAAGUGAGAGUCAGGGCCCAGCAGGUGGAGGGGGAGGAGCUGUAAAUUAGAGCCUGAAGGAGGAAGGGUCUGAGGGUCACCCUUCUCCCUAGCAUCACAGCCUAGGAGGUAGAGCA